AUGGCAACAUCAUCACUUGUUUCUUUGAUUUCCAAAAAAAUCAUCAAACCCUCUAUUCAAACUCCUCUUCCUCUUAGAUCUCACAAACUUUCCUUCCUUGAUCAAGUUUUUGAUAUGUCCAUUCCUUUUGCAUUCUUCUACCCCAAAAAGGACGGUGACAAGUCGUCUGAUGAACCUAGUCAUGUGUCUCAACUACUUGAGAACUCGCUUUCCAAAGCGCUUUCAUACUAUUAUCCUUACGCAGGAAAGAUAAAGGAUGAUUGUAUUGUUGAUUGUAACGAUGUGGGAGUUGAAGUCUCCAACGUUCGUGUCCAUUGUCCCAUGUCCGAAAUUCUUAAACACCCUUAUACUGAUGCUGAAAAUGUAGCUUUUCCACAACAACUACCUUGGAACCAUCCGAAUGAAGGAAAUCUAGCGGUAGCUCAAGUUAGCUAUUUCGAUUGUGGUGGAAUAGCGGUUGGUGGAUGCUUAUCACACAAGAUUGGGGAUGCGUGCACUAUUAGCAAUUUCUUUUAUAAUUGGGGGAUUUUGAGUCGUGACAAAAGUGUAAUGCCAUCUCCUCAUUUUGUAGGAGAAUCUAUUUACCCCCAAUCUAAUGAUCCUUAUGUAGUUUCAAAUAUCAAGCCUGAAGAACCUACGAAAUAUUUAGGGAAAAGGUUUGUUUUCCCCGCCGCUAAAGUAAAUGCUCUCAAAGCCAAAUUUUCGUUUGAUUCAGGAGUUCAGAAUCCAACUCGCACUGAAGUUGUGAGCACGCUAAUUUACAAAUGCGCUCUAGCUGCAAGAACAAGGAAUUUCGGUUCAUUUAAACAAUCUUCUUUGUUUCAAGUUUCAUAUAUGCGCGAAAGGCACAACCCACCUCUAUCACAAGAUGCAUCGGGUAAUAUUGUAUCAGGCUUUUCUGUGGAAACAACUAAUGAAAGAGACGUAAAUUGUCCAAGACUAGUAAGUGAAUUGAGGAAUGAGAAAGAAAAACUUGAUCAAGACAAAGCGAGGGCAAUAGAAAAUGCAUUUAUCUCAGAAGUAGUUGAUUCAAUUGAAAAAGGGAGAUCGCCAUUCAACAAUGACAUGCUUGAUUAUUAUUUUUGUCUUAGUUUGAAUGCGUUCCCCCUUUAUAAAACAGACUUUGGUUGGGGGAAGCCAACUAGAGUGAGCUUGGCGACGGGUCCCUUCAAUAGGUGGUUCCAUCUAAUGGAUAAUCAAAGUGGAGGUGGCAUUGAAGCCAUAAUCAUGUUGGGCGAACUAGACAUGUCUGUAUUUGAAACAGAUCCGGCGCUUCUAGAGUUUGCCACUCCAAUUUCAAAUCAUUAG